UGUUUUACCUGGACGUGAUGACGUCACGACACCUUCAGGAAAAGAAACGGCGGAUCCGCGAUCACCUUAGGCUGAUGAAUAUCUGUAGUUUGGAUGAAAAGAGUCUAGAUAUAAGAGCGGAGAGUCCUGAAUUUUAAAGUGUUAGAUUGUUUUGCACUGGGGACUGGACACUCUGGGUCCAAACAUAAUGUCUGCCUCCGCUGUUUUUGUGUUGGAUCUAAAGGGAAAGGUGUUGAUUUGUCGGAACUACAAAGGAGAUGUGGACAUGGCGGAGAUUGACCACUUCAUGCCUUUACUCAUGCAACAUGAAGAAGAAGGACUCAUCUGUCCUGUGAUAUCGCAUGGAAAUGUUCAUUUUUUGUGGAUCAAACACAGCAACCUUUACUUGGUGGCCAUGACAAACAAAAACUCCAAUGCUUCACUUGUGUACUCGUUUCUCUACAAACUGGUUGAGGUGUUCACAGAGUACUUCAAAGAGCUCGAGGAGGAGAGCAUUCAGGACAAUUUUGUGGUUGUGUAUGAGCUGCUGGAUGAGCUGAUGGAUUUUGGAUUCCCUCAGACCACCGACAGCAAGAUCUUACAGGAAUACAUUACUCAGGAAGGCGCCAAACUUGAGGUGGCAAAAUCCAAAGUGCCGACCACAGUCACCAACGCUGUGUCCUGGAGGUCAGAGGGCAUAAAGUACAAAAAGAACGAGGUCUUUAUUGAUGUCAUCGAAUCCAUCAACGUACUGGUGAAUGCAAAUGGCAGUGUGAUGAGUAGCGACAUCGUGGGCAGCAUUAAGCUGAAGACCAUGCUGUCUGGGAUGCCUGAGCUACGACUGGGCCUCAACGAUCGAGUGCUUUUUGCCCUCACAGGACGUGACAAAGGGAAGACAGUGGUGAUGGAAGAUGUCAAGUUCCACCAGUGUGUCCGUCUGUCACGUUUUGAAAGCGAUCGUACAAUCUCCUUCAUCCCUCCAGACGGCGAGUCUGAACUCAUGUCCUACCGCAUCAAUACUCAUGUGAAGCCGCUGAUAUGGAUUGAAUCAGUCAUCGAAAAAUUCUCUCACAGUAGAGUGGAAAUCAUGGUUAAGGCAAAGGGACAAUUUAAGAAGCAAUCUGUGGCAAAUAAUGUGGAGGUGAGGGUCCCUGUCCCUAGUGAUGCUGACUCACCCAAGUUUAAAACCAGCACAGGACACGCCAAAUAUGUGCCUGAGAAAAACCUGGUGGUCUGGACCAUCAAGUCCUUCCCGGGAGGUAAAGAGUUUCUAAUGAGAGCUCACUUUGGUCUGCCCAGCGUGGAGAAUGAUGAGCUGGAGGGAAAGCCCCCCAUUACAGUCAAAUUUGAAAUCCCAUACUUCACAGUCUCAGGAAUACAGGUGCGAUACAUGAAGAUCAUCGAGAAAAGUGGUUACCAAGCUUUACCAUGGGUCCGAUACAUCACACAGAGUGGAGAUUAUCAGCUUCGGACCAAUGUGUAACAUCUGGAGGUUACUCUACAAAAUUGCCACUUCAAGGAUUUUUGUGAACAUCAAAAGAUAACUUUCAUGGACUCAAAUAAUGCAUUAAUAUUUCCCACCUGUUUUAUUUAAUGCCAGUGAUAUUACUUGAUGAAAUCUGUGUGCAACUUUAUUUUAAUGUGCUGGAUGAAUUGUCACUGUAAAAUAUUUAAUUGCUUAAUCAAGCUUUCUUUAAUAUUAUAACACUUGGGACUGUAUUGUGGCAGUUAUUUCCUAUGAGGAUCCAUCACCUUAUAAGUGCUAGUGUUGUCUUGAUAUUGUAUUAAUGCUUGUGCAGUCACAGACACUAAAUUCCGCCUAAAAUAAAAAAAACUUACACCCGC